UAUAUAUGUAAGGUCCUAAAAGAUCGAAAACCAAACAACCUUCUCUUCAGGAUUCGCUGUUAACUCCAAAAGGAUUCUCGCUCGGAGCAGCUCAUCUCAUCCAGCUAAGCUUACUUCAAAUAGUAAUCCAAACCAAAGGAAAAAGAUCAGAAAGUUUGAUUCAGUUCUUUACGUUAACCAAUUUGAUUCCUCUCAACAGAACUCUCGCUGAUUGUAAUUCAAAAUGGAAGACUGGAGUUAUGGUUGAGGUCACACUUGCGAUGGCUCUCAUUCACGUGUUCAUUGAUGAUAGCAUCUUGCUGGGCGGGUAAAAGGAAUUGAUGUCAUAGAAAAUGGAACUUGUUUUCACUGUUUUGAUAUUGGCUUGCUUGCAGUCUUUUGCACUGCCUGAUUCUCAAGGAAAAAAAAUGCAUCAUUCAAUUUCCUACCUGUGUGCAAUUCUUCAAAUACGAUUCUGAGGCUUAGUGGGGUGCAAUGAGGGUACCUAUUCUCUGUUCCAAACGUAAACCACUGGUAAUCAAAGCUGAAGAAUAGUGAAGAUACGGUGAUGCCCUGAUUGCAUUGAAGACUUCAUUGAAGGCUUCAGUUGAUCAACUUGUUAAUUGGAAUGGCGAUCAAGUUAACCCUUGCACUUGGGCCAAUGUUCGGUGCGAUAGCAAUAAUAUUGUUCGGCAUGUAACAUUGUUAUCAAUGGGAUUUACUGGAACCUUGUCCCCAAAAGUAGGAACUUUAAAAUCUCUUUUGUCUCUUCAGUUGCCAGGAAAUCGCAUAACUGGUGAGAUACCCAAAGAGUUCGGAAAUCUUACCAGUUUGGAAAGUUUGGAUUUGUCAAAUAAUAGUUUAAUUGGUGAAAUACCAUCUUCUCUUGGUAAUCUUAAAGCGCUUCAGUUCUUGACUUUGAGUCAAAACAACCUCAAUGGGACUAUUCCUGAGUCACUUUCAAGUCUUCCAAAAUUAAUCACUCUUCAGCUUGAUUCAAAUGAUCUCAGUGGUCAGAUUCCUGAGCAUUUAGUCCAGAUUCCAACGUACAACUUUACAGGAAACAAUUUGAAUUGUGGUAUAAACGCCUCUCUUUCAUGUGCAUCUAAAAGUGGAGAUUCAGGUGGUUCAAAUAAGCCAAAUAUUGGAGUCAUACUUGGAAUUGUUGGGGGAUUUGCUGUUAUUCUUCUUCUUGGUGGUGUUCUGUUUAUUUUGUGGAAGGGUAGACACAAAGACUACAAGCGUGAAGUUUUUGUGGAUGUUGCAGGUGAAGUUGAUCGAAGAAUUGCAUUUGGUCAAUUAACAAGAUUUUCAUGGAGGGAAUUACAGCUCGCUACAGACAACUUCAGUGAUAAAAAUGUUUUAGGACAGGGAGGUUUCGGAAAAGUUUAUAAAGGGGUGCUUGCUGAUAACACAAAAGUGGCGGUGAAACGGUUAACUGACUAUGAGAGUCCUGGGGGAGAUCAAGCUUUCCAACGGGAAGUUGAGAUGAUAAGUGUUGCUGUUCAUAGGAAUCUUUUACGGCUGAUUGGAUUUUGCACAACUAAUAGAGAGCGCCUUUUAGUCUAUCCCUUUAUGCAGAACUUGAGUGUUGCCUCUUGUCUUCGAGAAGUAAAACCAGGGGGACCCAUUUUGGGUUGGCCUACAAGAAAACGAGUUGCUUUAGGGACAGCUCGUGGUCUAGAGUACCUUCAUGAACACUGCAAUCCUAAAAUUAUUCACCGGGAUGUUAAAGCUGCAAAUGUGUUACUUGAUGAAGACUUUGAAGCAGUUGUUGGUGAUUUUGGCCUUGCAAAAUUGGUUGAUGUUAGAAAAACUAAUGUGACUACUCAAGUUCGUGGGACAAUGGGCCACAUAGCACCUGAAUACUUGUCCACUGGGAAGUCUUCAGAAAGAACUGAUGUUUUUGGUUAUGGAAUCAUGCUUUUAGAGCUUGUGACAGGUCAAAGGGCAAUUGACUUUUCGCGCUUGGAGGAAGAAGAUGAUGUUUUAUUGCUUGACCAUGUCAAGAAGCUGGAAAGGGAGAAGAAACUUGAGGCUAUUGUAGAUCCCAACCUAAGUCAAAAUUACGACAUUCAAGAGGUGGAAAUGAUGAUUCAAGUUGCACUGCUUUGUACCCAGUCAUCACCAGAUGACCGCCCUGCAAUGUCAGAGGUAGUACGGAUGCUGGAAGGUGAGGGGCUAGCUGAGAGGUGGGAGGAAUGGCAGCAUAUUGAGGUUACUCGUAGGCAAGAGUAUGAGAGACUACAAAGAAGAUUUGACUGGGGAGAAGAUUCUGUUUAUAACCAAGAUGCUAUUGAAUUGUCUGGUGGAAGAUGAGGUAUCGAAUAAGUCUGCACCCAAUCCUUGUUUAGAUUAUAGGCAUGUACGAUCCUUUUUCGGUUGGUUAGCUCAGUGAUUUAUUUGAUAUGCCUAAUUUUUAUACCCAAUUGAAAAAAUUCAUGGCCUAGAAAUUUGAACUCUAUAUAUUAUUGCUGGGCUGGUUUAAGCUCCUCUUUCUUCUUGUUUUUAUAUGUAUUUUGUAAUUUUUCUUGUGUGUUAAUUUGAUCUGAUGAAGUAUCAUAUACACGGCUUUGCCUUUCAUAAAUAUGAAAACUCUCUCCAUGUUGGGUA